GAAACCUACAAAGUGUGAGCAGUUAGUUGGUUGUGGUAAAUCAUCACGAUGAAGUUCUCUCUCUUCGUACUUGUUGUAGUGGCAGUACUGUCGGACCUUGCCUUCGCAAGGAAAGCAGUUUCCAAUUUCCAAGCUACAAGAAAACUGAGUCCUCGCAUCAUCGGUGGUCAGGAAGCUAACGCCGGACAAUUCCCUUCGGCUGCUGCCAUCUACGUGAGCACCGCUGAUGGUACCUACUUCUGUGGUGGUACUUUGGUCAGCAACCAGUUCGUUCUAACCGCCGGUCACUGCAUCCUUGGCGGCAUUGCAUUCCAAGUUCGUCUCGGAUCUAACACUUUGAAUGAUAAUGACCCCAAUCGUGUGACUUUGAGCACUUCGCUCUACUUCAUCCACCCAUCGUUCAACCCAGAAACCCUCGAAGCCGACGUUGGUCUCGUCAAGUUCCAUCUUCCUGUUGCAUUGAAUGACUACAUCCAACCUGUGUAUCUACCAACUGUGGACCAGGCCGACAACAUGGGAAAUCUUGCCAUCGGUUGGGGCUCAGUUAGCGAUGAAACUCCCAGUCUUAGCAAUACCCUCAACUACGUCAGCGUAACCAGCGUUUCAAACACGGAAUGUCAACUGAGUUACGCCAAUCCUAUUCUUGCUACCAUGGUGUGUGUUAUUGGUAACUACAACGAAGGAGCGUGUAGAGGCGACAGUGGUAGUCCGUUGUUGACUGCUCUCAACCAUCAUCACUGGAUUGUGGGAGUGGCUAGCUUCAUCAGUACCGAUGGAUGCGAAACGUCGGAUCCUUCUGGGUACACCAGAAUUUUCCCAUACAUCGACUGGGUCAAAACGACUAUUGGAGUUUAAAUCCCCAGACUGAACAUAUUGACUAAUAUAAUUUUUCAUAAUUA